UUCGGCGCCUGCGCGCGGGGAGGCAAGAUGGCGGCGGGCGGAGGGGCCGGCGACGAGGCCGACGGGGUCGCUGAGGCGGAGGAAGAAGGCGGCCCCCCGCCGCGGGAGGACGACGACGGGGACCACGACGUGGUCGGGGAGGCGGAGGGCAGCGGCGGCGGGAAGAGGGUGGUGCCGGGAAUCGUUUACCUGGGCCACAUCCCGCCGCGCUUCCGCCCGCCGCACGUGCGCAACCUGCUGAGCGUCCACGGCGAGGUGGGCCGCGUCUUCUUCCAGCCCGAGGAACGGUUCAUUCGCCGGAAGAAGAAGAAGGCUGGCAGCCAUAGCAAGGACUACUCGGAGGGCUGGGUGGAAUUCCGGGACAAGAGGGUGGCCAAGCUGGUGGCUGCCAGCCUCCACAACACACCCAUCGGCACCAAGAGGAAGAGCCGCUUCCGCUAUGACCUCUGGAACAUGAAGUACCUGCAUCGUUUCAAGUGGAUCCACCUGAGUGAGCGCCUGGCCUACGAGCGACAGGUGCGGCAGCAGCGCAUGCGGGCCGAAAUCUCCCAGGCCAAGAGGGAGACCAACUUUUACCUGCAGUCCGUGGAGAAGAGCAAGCGGUUCUUGAAGAAGGCGGCGGCCCCCGGGGGUGGCCCGAAGGAGACCGCCAAGACGGCGACCUGGGGCUUCGUGCAGCGCCAUACUGAGGAGGAGAUCCAAGAGCGCAAGGCUCGGGGUGGCGGCAAGAGCAAAGAAGGAAAGCAGCAGCUCGAGAAACGUCUGGCCAGAGUGGAGGAGUUUGAGCAGAAGGCCCAAUCCAACCGAGCCCUCCUAGCCAAGAUUUUCAACGCCAAGGACUCCGCCGCUGCUGACUAGCUGGAGAGCAGGUGGAUUUAUCUCUACUCAACUGUUGACCCUGGCAGCAGGGGCUGCUCGGGGAUCCUUUAGCCUGCUGUUUUGACAGGGUUUCCGCUGGGAGCAGGCGGGGGCGGAGGGUGCUGUUAGCGACCCUAUUCUUCCAGAGCGACCCUCCGGUCGCCCCAGCAGAUAGGGCUGGAAGCCGGGGCUAGGGACCGGGAUCAACCUGGAGACUCUGUUUGGACCGAUUGUGAGGCCUAGUUGAAGAGAUGAGGAACGGAACUCAUCUUGACCUGGAGCUGAACUCAGCCCCGGGGCCAAAUCCAUAUUGUGCCCUGAGGCCCAGGGACGUGUCAAGCUUCAUACCUGCAGCUUUGUGCAGAUUCAGAUUCAGGGCUACCCUGCAGGGCAAGAGUUUUAUGCCUUUGGUUUUGAAAGUUACUGUUUCUUCUACCUCAGAGGGAAGCUGCCAGCCCAUCUCCCUUUAUUGUACUCUACAUCAAACUUCAGAGGAUUGAGAUUUUUGUCAGUACAUGGGAAAUCACUGACAACAGAAUACUGAUACAGAAUAAAAGAUUUACCCAGAUGGGGGUGUGACUGA